GGUGUGUAUGGCAAUUUGACUCACGAUCGAUUUGUGAUGGCGCCUUCUGCCUCAUCGCUGUGCCCCCCAACUCCACCACUACGUUCGCAUUCAUUCGCCAUUCUACAGUCUAACAUAAGAGGCAUCCUGCUACUGUGACCCUGUGACAGGCUCGGAUCUUUCGCUGGCGACACCCUUUCGCCACACCAGUCACUCGAGAGGCUUGGAAAGCUGCAGCCAGGUGCACGCGACCUUGGGGGUGCGCGCGGUCAUUGGAGAUCGUCAGCACUUGAAAGAGAUUGCCUCUCAAUCCUCCAACCAGAGCUCUACUGAACACCCCGUGGGGUUCUAGUGCUGUCCAAGGAGGAAGUCGAUCGCCUUCCACAAAAUAAUCUGAUCACUCAGUUUCAGCACCUGCUCUGUCGGGUUGCACGCGGAUUACAAGAUGGCGACGGCAAACGGCAGAACGCAGCUGCCUUCGCCGUUUGACAUCGACCAAACAUGGCAAUUCUUAGAAGUCGGCAUCUCGGUGAUGAUGGCGCGACGUACCGAAGGAUUGUCGUAUACAAGGUAUAUGGAGCUGUACACCGUGGUAUACAACUACUGCACCAGCAGCCGCAUGAAUGCUCCCUCAGAUGGACUGAGCGGUGGCGCUAGAGGGGCAAACCUUGUCGGCGCAGAUAUGUACCGGAGGCUGAGCAGCUACUUCGUGGAGCACUCCAAAGGUGUUGCGCAGUGCGCCGCUGACCUCUCCGGCGAGGCGCUGUUAAAGUAUUAUGUGUCGGAGUGGGAUAGAUACACUACGGGAUCGAAUUUUGUGCACAGACUAUUCACCUACCUCAAUCGACAUUGGGUCCGCCGGGAGAGGGAAGAGGGUCACAGGCAUGUGCACUUCAUCUACACGCUUGCGCUCGUUCAAUGGAAAGAACAAAUGUUUACGGUGGUGCAGAAGAACGGGAGACUGGUCACAGCUCUUCUCAAUCAGAUCGAGAAGCAAAGGACUGGGGAGACCAUUGAAACGAGUCUGGUCAAGAAGGUAGUGGAUUCAUUUGUCUCGCUGGGACUGGACGAGACCGACUCCACAAAACAGAACUUGGAGGUGUACAGAUACGACUUCGAGCGGGCGUUCUUGCAGGCAACGGAAAUUUAUUACGAAGCCGAAAGCAAGAACUUCGUCGCUAAGAAUUCUACGACCGACUACAUGAAAAAGGCGGAAGCAAGACUGCGGGAAGAAGAAGGGCGGGUUGAGAUGUACUUGCAUCCGACUACUACAGCCAAGCUUGUGUCCACUUGUGACAAUGUCCUCAUCCGCAAUCACUCUCAACUGCUCUGGGACGAGUUCCAAGCGCUCUUAGAUGCCGCCAAGACCGACGACCUCUGGCGCAUGUAUACUUUGCUGUUCCGCAUUCCAGAGGGCUUGCAGCCUCUCAGAGAAAGGUUCGAGGCGCACGUCAAGCGAGUCGGCUUGAACGCCGUGGAGAAAGCGUGCGCAGGAGGCGCAGAAGGCUCAGCGGCGAGCGAGGUGGACCCAACUGCAUAUGUCAAUGCGUUGCUUGAGGUGUACGCAAGCUCUCUCAAGACCAUCCAGAAUGCCUUCCGCACCGAGGCUGGCUUCUUGGCAGCUUUGGAUAAAGCCUGCAGGGAUCUGAUGAACCGGAACAAAGCAACGGGAGCCAGCAACAGCAAGAGCCCCGAACUCUUGGCCAGACAUGCCGAUGGGCUCUUGAAGAAGAGCAAUCGCAGUGCAGAAGAGGCGAAUAUGGAAGAAGCACUCAAUCAAGUGAUGAUCGUGUUCAAAUAUAUCGAGGACAAAGACGUCUUCCAGAAAUUCUACUCCAAAAUGCUUGCCAAGCGUCUGGUCAACUUCACUUCAGCGUCCGACGAUGCCGAAUCCAGCAUGAUCUCAAAGCUGAAGGAAGCUUGUGGUUUCGAGUACACAAGCAAGCUUCAGAGGAUGUUCACAGACAUGGGUCUGAGCAAGGAGCUCAACGAUAAUUUCCGCAAUUCGACGACUAGCCAAGGGGACGACGCCACUGGUGCAGAGAUGGACUUCUACGUCUUGGUGCUGGCCAAUGGAUUCUGGCCUCUGCCGCACGCCACAACGGAGAUCGUGAUUCCGACCGAGCUUUUGCCGACCUACACUCGCUUUGAGCGAUACUAUGGUGCUAAGCAUUCGGGACGGAAACUCACUUGGAUGUGGCAACUCGCCAAGACUGAAAUACGCACCAACUACUUGAGCCAAAAGCUUAUCUUCCAGCUCAGUGCUUACCAGACUGCUGUCAUUCUGCAGUUCAACGCAAGCGACAGUCUCACUUACACUCAGCUUCGAGAAGCCACGGGGCUGGCGGACGCGAACCUCAAGCCUGCUUUGGUGCCGCUUGUUAAGAGCAAGGUGCUACGUCAGGAUGACGACGCCUACGAGCUGAAUACGGAGUUUAAAUCAAAGAAGGUGCGCGUCAAUUUGAACAUGCCCAUGAAAGCAGAGCAAAAGGCGGAGUCCUCGGAUGUGAUGAAGACAGUCGACGAAGAUCGAAGGAUGCUACUGCAGGCCACGAUUGUGCGCAUAAUGAAAGCGCGAAAGCAACUGAAGCACAUGCAGCUGGUUGCAGAGGUUAUUUCACAGGUCUCGGCGCGCUUUCAACCGAAAGUGCCAGACAUCAAGAAGGCAAUUGAUCAGCUGAUUGACAAAGAGUACCUUGAGAGGGUGGAGGAUCAAAGAGACCUGUAUCAAUACUUGGCCUAGAGGGGUGCGCGCAGCCUUCAAGGGGACUCUUUUUCAGGUGCGUGCUGGCAACGCACAGCACUGUGUCGCAUGCUAGUGGCCACGUGUCUCAAUGCAUUUGUAUCAAAUCAUCGCAAAGUAGUGGCUCGCACCCGACAAGCCAAGGGGUCAUCAAGGGCUGCACCAAUUCUGGAAUGCA